CUCUAUGGACAGGGUUCAAACUUAAGAGACGCCCCCUUUGUAGACCUCCCACUUUCAACUCUGUCCUGAGCUCAUGAGGACGUUUUUCUGGGUUUACUCCUGUGUGUUUGGAUUUAGCAGGAGUUGGAGUUUGGAAAUUUGUGCUGUUCUCUUUGAAAUGGCAUCAACUGAAAAUAUGGCGUCGGAUGCCUCACUUAGUGACCAGAUGGAGGUCACUGAUGCUUCUCAACCUCAGAGAGCUGCCACUGAAGGCUCGAAGAGCCGUUGUCAUAAGACAAGGAGUGGCAGUUCGGAAGCAGCUGCAAAACUUAGAGCAAAAGCCUUGGCGCUUAAAAGGCCCACUAAAGCGCAGGAGAAGGCGGAAAAACGCCGCCAGAAGGCGCUGGAAAGACAGGUACAGAGGAACACCAACAAGGCCACUAAGUCCACAUUUAUUAGGGAUCAGGUACAGCCUAUGGAGAAAGAUCCAAUGGUGGAACCGGAUCCUUCUUCCAGUUUUCUGGCCAGGGCCCUGUCGCCCCAGCCAUCAGGGAGCGGCUCCAAUACAGGGAGGCCCAGUUCUACACCUAUCAACUUGGUAGCAUCACAAGGGGAUAGGCAGACCAUAGACCAGGUGACAGAAAUGCCUGAGUUAGUGCGGAAAUGGAUCGCAGAGGCGGUUCACCGGGAACUUGAGGCAGGCAAAAGUCGUAACAGGCAAUCUGUUCUUGGGGCGGAAGCCCAGUCACAGGAUAGGGAUCAGGUAGAAACAGAACCAGCAGACGGACACAUGGGGUCGCGUUCUGACAGCUCUGAUUCGCCUUCAGAGGCGGAGAGUUCCCCAUCCAUGGAGGAUGAACAAUGGGACCAGGAAUUGUCUGAGGAGGAAGGUUUUUUACCGGAGCAGCCCAUGUUUAAAGGGCUGUUCAGGCCUCAUCUUUUUAAGGCCUUGUUGAGUAAAGCUAAGGCGGUUACUAAACAGGGACUCCUAGGGGAACAAAGCGCCUGUCCAGAGCAGGACCCUGCAGACAUGCUUUUUUCUGAACCAACGGUGGAGACGGAGACAGUUCCUGCUCCUAAAUUAUUUCUAGAUAUGAUUAAGAAACAGUGGGAAGCCCCGGCCGCAUUACCGAACAUGUCCUCCCUUGAGAGACGGUUUUUUAACACGGCUUCUGACCUGAUGGAACUCCUGAGAGUGCCUGAGGUGGAUGACCCGUUUUGGCCCUGGCUUCCUCUUCGCCACCUUGGUUGA